GGAGAUGAGCAUUAAACAAAAGAAACAGCGGUCUCUUAACCAAUCAAUGGAGCUCCAAAACAGAAACAAAGAAAGCAAAUGGUUUCUUUUCCCCUUUUCACCAUGAAGACAGAGAGCUACAUAAAGCUUGCUUGACACCAAACAUUCAAAAGCUCAUCCCUUUUGCUCUGCGCAGAGAGAGAGAGAGAGAGAGAGAGAGAGAGAGAUACCGAUGGCUGAAAGAAGACUUCUCGAAGGCGAUGAAUCGAUCAGGGAGGAGGAGGAGGAGGAGGAGGAGGGAAAUGGCGACGGCUCACGGCUGAAGCAACUCGGCUACAAGCAAGAACUCAGCCGCAGCCUCUCGGUGAUCUCCAGCUUUUCCGUGAGCUUCUCCGUCAUAUCGGUCCUGACUGGUAUAACAACACUGUACAACACUGGCCUUGAGUUUGGAGGACCCGUGACCAUGAUAUAUGGAUGGCCCAUUGCUGGUGCUUUCACUCUUAUGGUUGGUCUUGCCAUGUCUGAGAUCUGCUCGGCUUAUCCCACCUCUGGUGGUCUCUACUUUUGGAGUGCUAAGCUUUGUGGCGACCGGUGGGGACCUUUUGCUUCAUGGAUCACCGGAUGGUUUAACAUUGUUGGGCAGUGGGCUGUUACAACCAGUGUAGACUUCUCAUUAGCUCAAUUACUUCAAGUGAUUAUCCUACUUAGUACCGGAGGGAACAAUGGAGGUGGAUACUUGGCUUCCAAAUAUGUGGUCAUUGGAUUCCAUGGGGCUAUUCUCCUGAUUCAUGCUAUCAUAAACAGUCUUCCUAUAACUUGGAUAUCAUUGUUCGGACAGUUAGCUGCUACAUGGAAUGUAAUAGGUGUUUUUGUCCUUAUGAUCCUCGUACCUACCGUUGCCACCGAAAGGUCCAGUGCCAAAUUUGUCUUUACUCACUUCAACACUGACAAUGAUGCUGGAAUCCACAGCAGGCUUUACAUCUUUGUUUUAGGACUCUUGAUGAGCCAAUAUACAUUAACAGGAUAUGAUGCAUCUGCAAAUAUGACAGAGGAAACUAAAAAUGCAGACAAGAAUGGUCCAAAGGGAAUAAUUAGUUCCAUCGGCAUAUCAAUCAUCGCCGGCUGGGGCUACCUAGUUGGGAUCACAUUUGCAGCUACAAACAUUCCCUAUCUCUUGAGCAGUGACAAUGAUGCUGGUGGAUAUGCAAUUGCCGAAGUUUUUUAUCUUGCCUUUAAAAGCAGAUAUGGCAAUGGAAUCGGUGGCAUCAUUUGUCUAGGAAUCGUUGCUGUUGCUAUAUUUUUCUGUGGCAUGAGUUCAGUAACAAGCAACUCCAGAACGGUGUACGCCUUCUCGCGAGAUGGAGCCAUGCCUCUAUCCUCAUUCUGGCACAAAGUGAACAAUCAAGAAGUUCCGAUCAAUGCAGUUUGGCUCUCUGCUUUUAUUUCGUUUUGCAUGGCACUUACGUCCCUCGGCAGCUUGGUGGCAUUCCAGGCAAUGGUGUCGAUCGCCACCAUCGGGCUCUACGUUGCCUACGCAUUGCCCAUCUUCUUCAGAGUAACUCUCGCACGCAAGUCGUUCGUGCCAGGGCCCUUCAACCUCGGCCGCUACAGUCUCUUGGUGGGUCGGGUGGCCGUCCUCUGGGUUGCAACCAUCACGGUUCUCUUCUCCUUGCCCGUCGCGUACCCCAUCACCGGGGACACUCUCAACUACACUCCUGUCCUCGUCGGCGGCCUGCUCCUCCUCACUGUUGCCUCGUGGCUGCUGAGUGCAAGACAUUGGUUCAGAGGUCCAACAACCAACAUCAACGCCUGAGCUGAAAGCUCCGAUACAUGAGCUGAGACGCUGUCGAAGUGGCGUAUGCCACAGAAAGGUUGUCAUGGAGACUUCAGAGAGAGGUUUAUCAUACAAAUAUCUACAAAAUCCAAAAAAUUGCAUGCAUGCUUUUGUAGUUGACAGUAAUCGAUUUGAAUUAUAGUUGACAGCAAUACAUUCGAGACUGCAUCAAAGUUUGUUAUAGUA